CUCGACCCAGGGAUCAACAAAGAAAAAUCUGAAGCCUCUGCUAUUAGCAACAGAUGAUUCUAUUCGGGAAAAUAAAGCUGCACUUGUAAAGGACCUGGAAAGAAAACUGCAUUUCAGAGAGGACGUUAAUCAUCAAAGUAGUCAGCAGGAAUACAGGAUUUCAAGCUUUGAGCAGAGACUGAUGAAUGAAAUAGAAUUUCGCCUUGAACGUACCCCAGUGGAUGAAUCGGACGAUGAGAUCCAACACGAAGAAAUCCCUACAGGCAAAUACAUAGCACCCAUCUUUGAUAAGAGACUCAAGCAUUUUCGGGUAAUGGAAGGAUCUCCUAUUACAUUCACUUGCAAAAUAGUUGGAAUACCUGUUCCCAAGGUAUACUGGUUCAAGGAUGGCAAGCAGAUUUCAAAGAAAAACACGCAUUUCAAAAUGAACAGAGAAGAAGAUGGAACAUGUUCUUUACAUAUUGACGCUUCUACUAACGAUGAUGAUGGCAACUAUACGAUUAUGGCUGCAAACCCACAAGGGCGAAUCAGUUGUUCAGGCCACCUGAUGGUUCAGAGCAUACCUGUUCGGGGCCGAAUAUCAACAAUUCAGCCUCACAGAACACGACCCCGGGCGCCAGAAGGAGACAAAGAGGCAGUUCAAGAACGCUUUUUCAGGCCAUACUUUCUACAGGCUCCAGGUGACAUGGUAGCACACGAAGGGCGACUUUGUAGGUUGGAUUGUAAGGUGAGUGGGUUACCAACUCCAGACCUGACGUGGCUUCUGAACGGCAAACCUGUGCUACCAGAUGGCACCCACAAGAUGCUGGUCAGAGAGACUGGAGUUCACUCUCUGCUUAUUGAUCCUCUCUCGCAAAACGAUGCUGGAACUUAUACUUGCCUUGCCACUAAUAAAACGGGACAAAAUUCAUUUAGUCUGGAGCUCACUGUUGUAGCAAAGGAAGUAAAAAAAGCCCCCAUGUUUUUGGAGAAGCUUCAGAACUGUGGUGUUCCUGAAGGGUACCCUGUCAGAUUAGAGUGCAGAGUUGUGGGAAUGCCACCCCCCAUAUUUUACUGGAAGAAGGAUAAUGAGACCAUCCCAUCAAACAGAGAGAGGAUGAGCAUGCAUCAAGAUACAACAGGGUAUGUCUGCCUCCUGAUUCAACCUGCCAAGAAAACAGAUGCUGGCUGGUAUACCUUGUCUGCAAAAAACGAAGCUGGUAUUGUCUCUUGUACUGCUAGACUUGACAUAUACGCUCAGUGGCACCGUCAAAUUCCACAACCAAUAAAGCUUCGACCUGGCAGCAACCUGUAUGCAAACCUUACCGGUCAAGGACUCGACAUUUUUUCUGCCUUCCCAACUACUGAAAGCCCUAUGCUGUUUUCAUCCCCAACCCAAAAGGUGGUGGAGAGUGAAGAACUUUGAAAAACAAACAAACAAUUGUUCCAGUUACACCUGCAGAGAUACUAGAACUGGGGGGGGGGGAAGAGGUUUACAAGCAACUUGUCUGUAAUUAAGUGUACUGCUGCUGCAAAUGUUGCAAGUAACAUAUCAUACAAGACUUUUGCAUACUAUUUUACUGCAGGAUAAUUGUGGUAUGGAGUGUUGUGCAAUAAAUUCAGUACUGUGUAGUUUGCUACAUAGUAAACAUAGUUUUCAGCACUUAAAAGCCGAUACCACUUUUACUGCUUGAAUUAAAGCUACUGUACUGUAGCAAGCCAUGUUAAGGAUUGGUGAUGUUUAGCUGGAAUAGUGCCAGUGAAAACAUUGACAUUACAAUAACAACAAUCCUGAAUGAGGGUAAACAACGUGACUUUGAAU